GAACAGGAGAGAACACAUCGAACUGUGCCUUGCGAUGUUGAGCGGGACUAGAGACGUUGAAUUUCUCAGGCUAGAGUCAAUGCAGUGAGGGGAUAAAAUGCCCACCAACUUCACUGUGGUCCCUGUGGAGGAUGGCGGGGCCGGGAAGUCAAGUCUCGAACGUGUGUUUAGGGAGGAAGAUAUUAUUCCACGACGACCCUACUCAGGAGAUAACACUCCCAGAGAGAGCAGCCCUUUCAUCAACAACACUGACCAUGACCGAGGAAACUACUACGAUGGCAAGAACAUGGCUCUCUUUGAGGAAGAGAUUGAGAGCAACCCCAUGGUGUCCUCUCUCCUCAACAAGCUGGCCAACUACACCAACCUCACCCAAGGCGUCACUGAGCACGAGGAGUACGAGAAUGAGGAGGGGGUCACAAAGAUUACAGUCAAGAGUUCUCAGAUGGGCACCUUCAUCGGUGUGUACCUGCCCUGCAUGCAGAACAUCCUGGGAGUCAUCCUCUUCCUGCGUCUCACCUGGAUCGUUGGCACCGCUGGCAUCAUGGAGUCCUUCGCUAUUGUCGUCAUGUGCUGCACCUGUACCAUGCUGACAGCGAUAUCAAUGAGCGCUAUUGCAACAAAUGGUGUAGUGCCAGCUGGAGGCUCCUACUACAUGAUCUCCAGGUCUUUGGGUCCAGAGUUUGGUGGGGCUGUGGGCUUGUGCUUCUACCUGGGCACCACGUUCGCUGGGUCCAUGUACAUUCUGGGUACCAUUGAAAUCCUACUGACGUACAUCGUGCCGAACACUGCAGUGUUUGUGGCGGAGAAGAAGGAGGACGAGACGGAGGCCAUGCUGAAUAACAUGCGUGUGUAUGGGACCUGCUGUCUGGCACUUAUGGCUCUAGUGGUGUUUGUGGGGGUCAAAUAUGUCAACAAGCUGGCCCUGGUCUUCCUGGCCUGUGUGGUGCUCUCCAUCAUGGCCAUCUACGCUGGAGUCAUCAAGACCGUCAUAGAACCACCCGACUAUCCAAUCUGUCUCCUGGGGAACCGUUCCUUGCAGAACCACAACUUUGAGAAGUGUAUGAAGACGGAGGUGAUCAAGAACGUGACAUACACCACCGAGCUGUGGAAGCUGUUCUGUGGCAGCCCCCACCUCAACGCUACCUGUGAUGAAUAUUUUACCCUGAACAACGUGACUGAGAUCCAGGGCAUCCCAGGCCUGCUCAGCGGGGUCAUCAAAGACAACAUGUGGGGUGACUACGGGCCCAGUGGGAUGUUGGUAGAGAAGAAGAAUCAGUCGUCUGUCCCAGUCCAGGAUAACUCCAGAGAUAUCUACAAGCCUUACAUCUUCAACGACAUCUCCACCUUCUUCACUCUGCUGGUGGGAAUCUACUUCCCCUCUGUCACAGGAAUCAUGGCGGGCUCCAACAGAUCUGGAGACCUGCGAGAUGCCCAGAGAUCGAUUCCCAUCGGCACCAUCCUGGCCAUAGCAACCACUUCUUUUAUUUACAUGACCUGUGUGGUCCUAUUUGGUGCCUGUAUCGAGGGUGUCGUUUUGAGAGACAAAUUUGGGGACUCGGUUAAGAAGAACUUGGUGAUUGGAACUCUGGCAUGGCCUUCUCCGUGGGUAAUCGUGAUUGGCUCCUUCUUCUCCUGCUGUGGGGCAGGGCUGCAGAGCCUCACCGGCGCCCCUCGCCUGUUGCAAGCCAUAGCACGCGAUGGGAUCGUCCCCUUUCUGCAGGUGUUUGGUCAUGGUAAAGCCAAUGGGGAACCUACCUGGGCCCUCUUGAUGACUGUUGGUAUCUGUGAGAUUGGAAUCCUCAUUGCAUCACUGGAUGCUGUUGCCCCCAUUCUCUCAAUGUUUUUCCUGAUGUGCUACCUGUUUGUCAACCUAGCCUGUGCCGUCCAGACACUGCUACGCACUCCCAACUGGAGGCCCAGGUUUAAGUUUUACCACUGGACUCUGUCAUUCCUGGGGAUGAGUCUCUGUCUCUCCCUCAUGUUCAUCUCCUCCUGGUACUAUGCCCUGGUAGCCAUGUCCAUCGCAGGAUGCAUCUAUAAGUACAUUGAGUACAGAGGGGCAGAGAAGGAGUGGGGAGACGGGAUCAGAGGUCUGUCCCUGAACGCUGCUCGCUACGCUCUGAUCCGCCUGGAGGAAGUGCCAACACACACUAAGAACUGGAGGCCUCAGCUACUGGUGCUACUGAAGCUGGAUUCAGACCUGGGGGUGAAACACCCUCGUCUGCUGUCCUUCACCACCCAGCUGAAGGCAGGGAAAGGCCUGACCAUCGUCAGCUCUGUGCUGGAGGGCACCUACAUGACCCUGGGGGCCGAGGCCAAGAGCGCAGAGCAGAACGUUAAGUCGGCCAUGCACGUGGAGCGUACCAAAGGUUUCUGCCACGUGGUGGUGUCCUCUAACCUGCGGGAUGGUUUCUCCCACCUGAUCCAGUCGGCAGGGCUGGGGGGCAUGAAACACAACGCCGUUCUCAUGGCCUGGCCUGGGGGCUGGAAACAGGCUGAGGACUCCUACGCCUGGAAGAACUUCAUUGAGACGGUGAGAGAGACUACGUCAGCCCAUCAGGCCCUGCUGGUUGCUAAGAACAUUGACAAGUUCCCCUGCAACCAGGACCGUCUGGGGGAGGGCACCAUAGACGUGUGGUGGAUUGUUCAUGAUGGAGGUCUUCUCAUGCUUCUGCCUUUCUUACUGCGCCAACACAAGGUGUGGAGGAAGUGUAAGAUGCGUAUCUUCACAGUGGCUCAGAUGGAUGACAACAGUAUUCAGAUGAAGAAGGACCUGCAGAUGUUCCUGUAUCACCUCCGUCUCAACGCUGUAGUGGAGGUGGUGGAGAUGCACGAUAGUGACAUUGCAGCCUUCACCUAUGAGAAGACCCUGGUGAUGGAGCAGCGCUCUCAGAUGCUGAAACAGAUGCAGCUGUCCAGAACCGAGCGAGAGAGAGAGUCUCAGCUCAUCACUAAACUGGGCACUAAGUCCCACGCCAACCUCAGUGACACAGCUACCGUCACGCCCGACCACCAUGUCCACAUGACCUGGACCAAAGACAAGCUGAUCGCCGAGAGGAACCGUAAACGCGGUGAGCCGAACGUGGGCGUGAAGGACCUCUUCAAUAUGAAACCAGAGUGGGAGAGUCUGAACCAGUCUAACGUGAGGAGGAUGCACACCGCGGUCAAGUUGAAUGAGGUUGUGGUCAACAAAUCCCAGGGAGCUCAGCUGGUGCUGCUGAACAUGCCUGGACCGCCCAAAAACAAGGGUGGUGACGAGAAUUACAUGGAGUUUCUGGAGGUUCUUAUGGAUGGACUGGACUGUGUGCUGCUGGUACGUGGCGGAGGCAGGGAGGUGAUAACAAUCUAUUCCUAGCGCCAACAGACACGGGCGGGUAUGGUGCAGCCUCAGAGAAUCCGGCGAGGUCAUCCGGACAAAUGGCUGGGCCUCAGCCUCCACCACAGUGCCAGGAGAGGAGUGGGUCGCCCCUAUACUGUAGUAUGGGAGGACAGUAGGGGGCUGCCUCCACACGCGGAGCAGACUAAGCACACACUGCUGCUGACUGGAGGACAACAGUGGGCACUCUGGAUAAUCUUUCCAUUUCUUAUUGUCUUCCGUUCAGGUUUUCCAUGUCAGUCGUUAGGAAUAGGAAUUCUUUCAGUAGAACAAAGUGCAUUAGUGCAAGUAAUGAUAUUAGGAUGGAUAGAGAUGUCCUCGGAUGACAUGGCUCAGGACUCUAAUGUAGUAUGGUCUAGCCUAGCUGACAUAGGAUGUAGCUUGUAAGUCCAGAUAGUAGACGGGUGUUUAAAUUCCAGGUUAGGCAGCCUACUGUGGUUGUGCUCUUGAGUGAGCCACUUGCCCUGUAGUGCACUACUUUUGACGAGAGCUCUUAUGGGCCCUGGUCAAAUGUAAUGCACUAUAUCGGGAAUAGGGUGCCAUUUGGCAGAACUGGCCUUAGGCAUAAGCGGUCGCGUAGGGCCCCACAGCCUCUUGUGAACAAAAAGGGAACUUAGUCGGGUCUCAACUUUCUGUUAUACACAAGGUGAAAUUAAAAAAUUUGGUUGUGCUUCA